AAGUAAUAUCUCGCAAUGCGGCGUAAAGAUCCACCGCAGGCACAAAGUACAGGCCGAGGCAAGAGCUUGAUAUCAACGAGAACUAUGCAGCAACAGCAGCGGAAGACGCAAAGCUCAAGAAGUCUACUGCCAAGAAGUUAUUCCUCACCAGCGCCGCAACACGACCCAGAUGUGGGAAUGUCCCAGUCCAUACAAAGAGGUUAUGUGAUCCGAAGCUACUCAACACCAGAUCCAAAGCAAAUGGACUAUAGAAGAAAUUCAGAUUCUUUUUACAGACCAAAAACUCAUGGAUCAAGAGGUGAGCUGGAUUCUGAUCUUGAAAACUUUGAGCAGUUCGAAGAAUGCUUCAUAGAUAUAGAUGCUGAUCAGGAGGAAGGUGUGAUAACUCAGUACAGGAGCCCUGAGAGAGAUGAGCCUAGGAAGGUGAUGACGUCGUUGUUACCCGGUAGCGGGCUUCAGCGCGUGUCUUUAAGACCCAUCCACUCUGCUACGCAGACACUCCAAAAUGCUCGAGAAGUCAUGAAAAAAAUGCAAAAAGAUGAUUCUAAAGUACCAUCACGACUCAACUUCAGGCCUCUGGUAAUGAAGAUGCCUGCUCGUCACAUGUUGCACUCGGAGCGUGAUCCUCCGUCGCCAGGAGUUGAGGAGUUGCAGUCGUCUCCGCAGCUGGAGCUGGAAGCCGCUGAGCUGGAUAGGGAACUGGAUAAUGCUGAACGUCACUUGGAUAAGGGAGUGGCUAUAGCAACUGAGGAGAGUGAUGCAGAUACGGUACGUUCGGAAGAGUCCCUCCUUGCCCCGGAAAAAACAUCGAAAAGUGCACGAUGGAUUCCAGAGUUUUCGCUCGAUGGGAGCAACAGUAUAAAACAGAACGGCAGUGCCAAAGACUUGGUUUCUGUCAUGGAGAACAUUAAGAAAGGCAAUCUCAUGUCUCGACAAAACCAGACAUUAAACACUCAAGUCACCAGUUCUUCGACACAACAGAUGGUGUCUAGUACAACUUCAAGCAGCGCCUCAUCUAGCCAACGGUUGCAAAGUUCAUCGCAACGCCUCGCGCACAUGGCCAACACUGAAAGAAAAGCGAGCUCUAUGAAGUCCGAUCUAACAGAACUCAAAAGCUCAAUUUCGGAAAUGAAGACGCUAAGCAACACAGCAGCUAAAAAUUUUGGCCAAAGACUACGAAGCUCAAUGGAGAAUAUAGUCGAUCAAGAUGACUUGGCAGAUCGGAAUUUGCCCGUAAUCCGGGAUCUAAGCGAAAUGGAUGACAUGGGCGACAUGAGUGAUAUGGGUGAGCUUUCAAGCGAAGGCCCACUUGUAACUUUUCCCGAAUCUGAUACACCACCUCCUAUAACAGAGAAACCAUGCCUAUUAUCUAGUAAUAGUGCUGUGGUUGGAUCAAGCACAGCGAAUGAGUUGAAAUACAGCGCAGCACGUAUGACUUCUGCUAGUUCUACCAGAGUCGUUGCUGAUGGCUAUAGUGCUUCGAGGUCUGCAUCUAACAGCACCAAAAUGCGUCGAGUACAGCACGGCGAUAUGCAAUACGCGGAACGCAGCGCUGCUAACGCAUCACAUAGAUUGUUUCAAGCAGAAGGUCUAACUGCUGAACAAAAUGCAGCAUCUCUUCAAGAACAAAGAUCUUUGAAGGCGGGUGAAGUUACAGCACAAGAAGCAAAUAAUAUGUCAGCUACAAGUUCAAGACUACAGACAGAAGCUUUCAGCGCAGAAAAAAUGGCAAUGGCUUCCGCACAAGCACGUCAAACCGUCACCUCGAGCGGUAUGUUCAGCCAUAAGGAGCACUCCAGCGUUGCCCACUCUAAUAUGACGAUUUCAAGCAAAAAUUUGUCCACCAAGUCUACCCUCCACACUUCUUCCCAGAUGAGUCAAUUAUUAAACGGAACAAUUAAACCAGGUGACGAAGAUCUCACAAAUCUAACGUUUGAAGAUUUAGACAAGCUUAAUGCAAAUUCAAACCAAAAAGAUGUUGAAAUGGCGAUUCAAAAAUAUUCAUCCAGAAUGAAUGCAUUCAUUACAUCGAUAAAGAAUAACCAAAUGGACAUGAAAAAUGCAUCUAUGCAUUUCAACAAACUUAAUGAAAUGUUACGAAGAGCUUGGGCUGUACCAACAUACGGUCACGAACUUGGAUAUUCCCUGUGCAAUACUUUAAGAGAAUCGGGAGGACUUGAUAUUCUCAUGGGAAAUUGUCUGGAGUAUAACAAUCCCGAAUUGCAAUUCUCUUCAGCGAAACUUCUUGAACAAUGUCUUACAACUGAAAACAGAGCUCAUGUGGUAGAAAAUGGUCUUGAAAAAGUCGUGAACGUUGCCUGUUCUUGUACGAAACACGCAAACUCUGUAGAUCAUUCAAGAAUAGGCACAGGCAUAUUGGAGCAUUUGUUUAAACACAGUGAAAGCACGUGUGGUGAUGUAAUAAAACUGGGAGGUUUAGAUGCUGUCUUGUUUGAAUGCAGGAAGAAUGACGUGGAAACACUCAGACAUUGCGCAACAGCUUUAGCCAAUCUGUCUUUGUAUGGUGGAGCUGAAAAUCAGGAAGCCAUGAUUAAGAGAAAAGUUCCAAUGUGGCUAUUCCCAUUGGCUUUCCACAAUGAUGACAAUAUUAAGUACUACGCUUGCUUGGCUAUCGCUGUAUUAGUUGCAAAUAAAGAAAUAGAAGCCGCUGUUCUUAAAUCAGGAACUUUAGAUUUAGUAGAACCAUUUGUAACUUCACACAACCCAUCUGAAUUCGCUCGAUCAAAUCUUGCACAUGCCCACGGUCAAAGCAAGAACUGGUUAAAAAGACUAGUACCCGUGUUAAGCUCGAAAAGAGAAGAAGCUAGAAAUUUAGCCGCUUUUCAUUUUUGUAUGGAGGCCGGAAUUAAGAAACAACAGGGAAACACAGAAAUAUUUAGAGAGAUUGGUGCAAUUGAAUCUUUGAAAAAAGUGGCCAGUUGUCCGAACGCUGUUGCAUCGAAGUAUGCUGCUCAAGCUUUGCGAUUGAUUGGCGAGGAAGUGCCCCAUAAAUUAUCGCAGCAGGUUCCUCUUUGGUCUAUUGAAGAUGUUAGGGAAUGGGUAAAACAGAUUGGUUUCUCAGAAUAUGCUACUAACUUCUAUGAGAGCAGAGUUGAUGGUGAUUUGUUACUACAAAUAAGUGAAGAAAAUCUCAAAGAAGAUAUUGGUUUGCAAAAUGGAAUCAAACGCAAAAGAUUCACUAGAGAACUCCAGCAACUUAAGAAAAUGGCAGAUUAUACUUCGAGAGACACAAGUAGUCUUAACGAUUUUCUACAAGGCAUAGGUCCCGAAUACACUAUUUAUACAUAUUCAAUGUUAAAUGCUGGUGUUGACAAGGAAUCGAUUCGAGGAUUAAGUGAUGAACAGUUAGAGAAUGAGUGUCGAAUUGUGAAUAGUAUACAUAGGUUACGAAUUUUAAAUGCUAUUAGAGCGUACGAGUGCAGUUUGUUGAGUAAAGGUGAAGAAAAUAUGGAAAAGAAUUUGGAUGUAUUUGUUAGUUACCGAAGAUCGAAUGGGUCACAACUGGCCAGUUUACUCAAAGUUCACCUUCAGCUUCGAGGAUUUACAGUGUUCAUAGAUGUGGAACGAUUGGAGGCUGGCAAGUUCGACAACAACUUACUACAAAGCAUACGUCAGGCAAAACACUUUUUGCUUGUUUUAACACCAAAUGCACUCGACAGGUGCAAAAAAGAUACCGAUAGAAAAGACUGGGUUCAUAGAGAGAUAGUGGCAGCGUUGCAAUCACAGUGCAAUAUUGUACCAAUUAUCGACAACUUUGAAUGGCCUAAAGCAGAAGAGCUUCCAGAAGACAUGCGAGCAGUGUGCCAUUUCAAUGGUGUGAGAUGGAUUCACGAUUAUCAAGAUGCAUGUGUGGAUAAGCUAGAAAGCUUCCUCAGAGGAAAAUCGAAUCUUGCUAAUCGACUAGAUGGUCAACUUCGGGGUCGCGGAGACACGCAAACGCCUGGAACCGCAACCAUUGGACGAGGACCACCUAAUUACCAACGCAUGGCCUCCUGCGAGAGUAGAGGAAGUGACAAAGCAGAUUGACUAGAGUCGCCCAUACACACACUGCCGCCUGUUAGACCACGACGAACUCGCCAACCCUCCAUGGGAAAAGCUUUUUUAGCCUCCUCACAAAGCUGCGAACAAUUACCCACUAGUAGUAAUACUUCUAAGAACACAUCUCCUGAAAAAAGUCUUUAUAGUCUGCCUGAAAUGUUAUCUGAAAGUAGUGAUAACAUAGACUGUCACGAAAUGGAGAAAACUUCACGUAGGUGCCGUAGCUGCGAAGGCAUUUUAGAAGCCGAUGAACAAAUGCACACACAACUAUCUUUGCCCACGCCUUUACAAGCUGCCACACAAACGAAGAGGAAAAGAAAUUUUAUGGACAGAUGCGUGAACAAAGUGAGACUGUGCUAAUUGCCAUUGGUGUAAUGGUGGUUUACGAAUAGGUAGACAUGUCUACAUAAUGCAGAGUGUGUAUGAUCGGUGACUGCAAUAUUGGACUUUCUUAACAUAUUUAUGUGAAUCUAAUUUUAAAGUACAAACAUGUGCACAAUGUGUAUAUAUUUUGUGUAUGGCUAUAAUUUAAAGAUUCGAAUGUGUGUCAACACAUUGCUAUUGGUAAUCUAAUAAGAUCGUAAUCUCAAUGAGUGCUUGUGAAUUAUUUUAUACUGCUGUUUUACGAGAAGAUCACCACCCUGUAAUGCUUCAAGAGCAUCGCACGAGGUGGUGAUAUAUUGUUAAAUAGGACUGUUUGCUAUUGUAAGUAGUAUGGCAAAUUGCUUAUCUGAUUCUGGUAAUAUUAUAUUAUCUCUCUAUCUCUUCACUCUCUAUAGAUAUUACAAUGAUUUUUUGUCCUAUUUUAUUUUAUAAUUAGUAUCUUGCCAAUGAAGUAUUUGUAAAAAGCAAAAUGUUACGAAAUUAUAAUUCACAUUAUGUGAUAGUGUAGAUCUUCUAUUGUAUAAAAAUAUUUAAAUGGAUCCUCUCGAAAAUAUGGAUAUAUUGCUAGUACCUAUGUACCUUAUUAAUUUCCGAAUGAAAUAUUUUCCAAACUAAGUAAUGUUAUUACUUAAACCUGUACAAAAUUUUAUCAUAGAUGUAGAAUUUAUGUUAGUCAUUUUAUAUGAGUUAACCUUAAUAUAAAUCAUUGUACUCCGUCAACCUUAUAUUUAUGUACCUAGCUCUAACCACGAAAUAAAUGGCAUUAAUAAAAUAAUUAA